AAGGCCCAAAGGUUUGAGGGCUUCCUCGACGCUCGCACAAAGUCAUCACCAGCUGUCAAAGCAGUGAGCGAAACAGGAAUACCCACACCCCAGAACCAAACACUCCUGCAAGCAUUCGAAUGGCACACUCCCGGCGGACACUGGAAUCGCCUUGCAAAUACCCUGCCGGGCUUAUCUGACAUCGGAAUCACUUCACUCUGGCUUCCACCAGGCUGCAAAGCCAACAACCCUCACGGCAACGGCUAUGAUUGCUACGACAUCUGGGACUUGGGCGAGUUUGACCAGAAGUGGACACGCGCAACCAAAUGGGGAUCUAGAGAAGAGUUGAACGAAUUGAUCGCGAAGGCCAAGAGCCAGGGGAUCCUGAUUAUCUGGGACGCUGUCCUGAACCACAAAACAGCUGGAGACGCUACAGAGGAGUGUUGGGCUGUCGAGGUCGACGGAGAAGGCAAGCAUACUGCACCAAAGAAGAUCGAGCCCUGGAUCCACUUCUACUUCCCUGGUCGCGGAGACCACUAUAGCAGUCUAAAAUGGCACUGGCAACACUUCAGCGGCACAGACUGGGAUCAGCGUGCUCAGAAGAAUGGGGUCUACAAGGUCGUGGAUCCUCCAGAGACGCUUCCCCGUCCUGGAGCAGCUGUGGAUCCAGCUUGGCGCAAGAAGGACUGGGCCACCGAUGUCGACGACUUCAAAGGCAAUGGCGAUUAUCUCAUGUUCUCCAACAUCGAUUACUCUAAUGCCGACGUCAGAGAGGAUGUGCAGAAAUGGGGAGAAUGGAUGGUCAAUGAAGUUGGUGUGGAUGGCUUCAGAUUGGAUGCCGUACCUCAUAUCAGCUGGAUGUUCACUCGAGAAUGGAUCCGCAUCGCAAAGGAAGCGGCCAAGCGCCAGAACCGUGAGCUCUUCGUCAUGGGCGAGUUCUACAAUGGCAAAGUCGCCAAGAUUCUGCAGUGGAUGGAUAGGAUGAGCAAGGGAGUGUACGCUUACGACAUUCCACUGCUGAGCAACUUCGCCAAAAUCUCCAUGGCCAAGAGCAAGCUCGACGUCGAUUUGAGAAAGGUCUUUAAGAACACCUUGAUCCAACACCGACCCGGCAAUGCAGUGCCUGGUCAAACUGUGGAAACUCCUGUUGCACCUUACUUCAAGCCUCUGGCUUAUGCACUCAUGCUCCUUCGUCGUGAGGGUCUACCUUGUGUUUUCUGGGGCGACGUCUACGGAAUUGAGGGCCCUCACGCCUCGCCAGCUGCCUGCGAAGGCAAGCUGCCUACUCUCGUCCUCAGUCGCAAACUCUUUGCCUACGGCGAGCAGACCGACUACUUCGAAAGUAGAACUUCGAUUGGAUGGGUCCGCCACGGUACCUGGGACAGAGCUGAUGGCUGCGUCGUCAUCAUGAGCAUCGGAGGUGCUGCUAAGAACAGCAUGUUCGUUGGCCCAACUAAAUCUGGUCAGGUCUGGAGCGACGUCCUGGGAAAUUCUGACCACACGGUCACCAUCGAUGACAGAGGCUACGGCGUCUUUAGAUGCACCGAGAAGAGCGUUAGUGUUUAUGUGCGCAAGGACGCACCUGGCAGAGCAGAGUUCGGAGCUUGCCAUCCGGAGAAGUUUACCAUGCAA